AAGAUUAGCCCAGCCCAACACAAAAACCCGCAGUUACAUGGUUGCACCAAACCCACAUUGCUCAAAUCAGUGGCGAAAUAACAUCAUCAUCAUCUCCAACGCCAUUUCUCAGCACACUCAUUUUCCCAGUCAUACAAAAAUGGCGAUUUCUGCUUACACUUCACUUCAGCUUUCUUCUUCCUUUCGCGGGGAUGUUUUGCCCACUUCAUUAUCUUCCAUUUCCCCGCUUUCUGGUGGUUCGAAUUCCAGAAACGGGUCGGUUGUGUUUGCAAAGAGGCUAUUUGGGUUGGAGGAGGCCAUGCGAAUUCAGAGGGAAAAAGACCUCCAAGAUAAGAAAUCAGUUAAAAAAAACCCAUUAAAGCGUGGAAAAGUAUCGCCUCGUCUUCCUGUGCCUGAUCACAUACAUAAACCCCCUUAUGCUGGCUCCAAUAAAUUGCCUGAACUCUCAAGUGACUAUCAGAUUCAUGAUUCUGAAGGUAUCGCUCAUAUGAGGGCAGCAGGUGAACUUGCUGCUCGUGUUCGGGACUAUGCAGGAACCUUGGUUAGGCCAUCAGUUACUACGGAUGAAAUUGAUAAAGCUGUACACCAGAUGAUCAUUGAUGCUGGAGCUUAUCCUUCACCUCUAGGCUAUGGUGGGUUUCCAAAGAGCGUAUGUACUUCUGUCAACGAGUGCAUGUGUCAUGGUAUACCUGAUUCUCGUCAGCUACAGGACGGAGACAUAAUCAACAUUGAUGUCACAGUUUAUUUAAACGGUUAUCACGGAGACACAUCAAAGACAUAUUUAUGCGGCAAUGUCAGUAACACAAUGAAACGGCUAGUGAAGGUAACCCAAGAAUGCUUAGAGAAAGGAAUAGCUGUAUGCAAAGAUGGUGCCAGCUUCAAAAGAAUUGGAAAGAUAAUCAGUGAGCAUGCCGAAAAGAAUAAUUACGGUGUGGUGGAUCGUUUUGUUGGACAUGGUGUUGGAACUGUAUUUCAUUCCGAGCCAAUUAUAUACCAUCAUAGAAAUAAACAUCCAGGUGAAAUGGUUGAAGGUCUGACCUUUACAAUUGAACCGAUUCUUACAAUGGGAAGCAUCGAUUGCAUUACGUGGGGUGAUAACUGGACGGCUGUUACAGAUGAUGGUAGUCCUGCUGCACAGUUUGAGCAUACCAUCUUGAUUACAAAGACUGGUGCUGAAAUCUUAACCAAGUGAUUAACCAAGUCCACAGAAUGUGUCACCACAAUACACAUGUCUUAUGUUAUGUAUAUGUGAAAAUGUUUUAUCACCAACACUUGACUUGAUCAAGUGGUAAGAUUAAAUACCCUUGGGGAUUCUUAGGAAUGUUACAAAGCAAACAAUUCAAUUCAAUUUAUAGUUACUUGGUAUAAAGGAAAAUAACAUACAUUAAACGCG